CGGAGCCUGGCUUCUCCCGCGCGCGCGCUCCGCUUUCUCUUUGGACAUGGCAGAUUUCGAACCCGGCUCCCUGCCCGACCUUUUGCCGCUGUACUACCGCCGCGUCUUCCCCUUCGGCCUUUACGGGCGGUGGCUGCGCUACGGCGACGGUGAGCCAGGAGCGGGCGGGCGGGCGGGCAGGAAGAGGCGCGCUCCUGGGACCCUGGAGCUGCGGAGGGUGCUCGGAAAAGGCCGAGCGGGAGCCAAAGGGAAGCUUCGGGGCAGGGCUCAGCCCCCACAGCCUUGCAACACGGGUGCCUCUGAGCAUAUGCAGAAACGCGCCUGGUCUCGCCCUUCCUGGUGGGCGCUGGAACGGGAGGAGGCGCCCAGGUCAAAGAAAAUGGGGUAGCUGAGUGAAAUGAGUCGCUGCCUGCAGACUCAGGGCAGGCUUCUUCCCGCAGUUUGUAAUUAACUGAGGAAUUAAUUGAGGAACGCACAACUGCAAGACGCAGGGGCAAUAGGUUUCCAAAAGAAAAGGUGCUGUGGGUUUGUGGAAGAGGGACUAUCAACUACGCUGAACUGAAAUAAUAAUGCAGUGGUACCUCAGGUUAAGUACUUAAUUCGUUCUGGAGGUCUGUUCUUAACCUGAAGCUGUUCUUAACCUGAAGCACCACUUUAGCUAAUGGGGCCUCCCGCUGCUGCUGCGCCACCGGAGCACGAUUUCUGUUCUCAUCCUGAAGCAAAGUUCUUAACCCGAGGUACUAUUUCUGGGUUAGCUGAAGCGUAUGUAACCCAAGGUACCACUGUAAUAAUAACUUUAUUGCCAAUGUACAACCUGUGUACAAUGAAAUUAAUCAAGCCUUCCCCCCCACACACACUCAAUCUCAUUGCACUCUGUGUGCUUGUCGUACAACUCACCAACCCCGAAAGUCAGUUGCACUAUAUUAGUUUCUGUUCAGCAGCCUAACAGCCCACGGAUAGAAACUGUUUUUAAGCCUGAUUAUACUUCUAUAUCUCCUGCCCGAAGAUUAAAGAGGUGCUGGCCGGGGUGUGAAUCAUCCCUGAGAAUUUUUCUCGCUCUCCUAAGGCAACGAUCCCUUGCGAUGUUAUCUAGCGGACUCAAGGGACAGCCCAUGGUAUCAUGUGCUGUAUUCACCACCCUCUGUAAAGACUUCCUGUCUGUGGCGGUCAAGCCAACGUACCACACUGUGAGACAAUAUGAGAUGACACUUUCUAUUGUGGACCGGUAGAAGGAGGUCAUCAAUUGUUGUUUAACAUUGUUCUUUCGCAAGACCCUGAGAAAAUGGAGUCUCUGUUGGGCCUUCCUAACCACCUGAGUUAUAUUGCUUUUCCAAGUGAGGUCUUCACUAAGGUAAGCUCCCAAGAAUUUAAAGGAAGAGACUCUCUCCACACAGCCCCCCCCCCCGAUAUACAACGGGGCUAGUUCCCCUCUCUUCUAAACAGAAGCUCCCUGACUCAGUCAGCUCAGCUGGUUAGAAGGUGGUGCUGAUAGCACCAAAGUCGCAGGUUCAAUCCCCAUACAGGCCACCUGCAUCUUCCUGCAUUGGGGGUUGGACUAGAUGACACCCAGGAUCCCUUCCAACUGUACAGUUCCACGAUUCUGUGUUUGGAAGCACUAUACAAGGGAACACUGCCACCUUCGUGCCCCAUCUGGCAUUGGCUAGCGUGGCCACCUGUGUGGUGAAAAAGAGAGCACAGACAUGCAUAAAAUUUACACGUGCUCAUGUAUUUGGCAUAAAUGCAAAUAUAAUUAGUGCAGUACAACACUUGUCGCCAUAGUGGGGAAGACUGUGACUGAAUGAUCUGUGACCGAAGGAUGGACAACUUCAAGGCCUCUGCUUUCUCUUCUUGUUGUUAUUUAGCUUUAAAGUGGAAUUCUACUGUAAGGCUCUGCAAAUAGCAGACACUUUUAGACAGAGGACCAGCCCAGCUAACAGAGGACAGUUAAGGAGGACCCAACAUUUUGCUGGCCACAGAAUUUUUAGGGUUGUAUGGACUUUCCUGAAUUAUUGCCAACCUGGCUGACUAAAAUAUAAUCACACUUAGCAAUUAUAUAUAUCAUUUAGAGUGUUCAGUGUGCUGUCUUAUUCCUCCAUAUUGCAAAAGGAGAACUGGGGCUUGGAGAGUAGCAUCUUGCCUAAGACCAUCUUGCCAGCUUCGUGGAAUAGCUGAGAUUCAAAGCAGAAACUGUGCUGCGCAAUCUAACUAGCAUGUGAUCUUCCUUUUGCAGUGUCAAAGAAUUACUUUCAGCGAAGGGAGUUUUCGUUCACGCUCCGCGAUGACAUCUACGUGCGGUACCAGUCUUUCAACACACCCUUGGAAUUGGAAAAAGAGAUCCAGAAAAUGUGCCCUUACAAAAUUGACAUUGGGGCUGUGUAUUCGCACAAGGUAUGCACUUCAGUGCUAUAAAGCCAGGCCGGGGAAUCUCCGGGUGUUGCUGCACUACAACGCCCAUCAUCACCCUGGCCAUUAGCAUCGCUGGCUGCGGCUGAUGGGAGCUGGAGUCCAACAACAGUUGGAGGGUCACAGGUUCCUCAGUCCUGUUAUAAAAAUGAUUUAGAAAAGGUUUUCAAAACUGCCUGCCCUAGAGUCCACCAUUUAACUGGCUUAAAAAGACUUGGCCUGUUGACUGUACAAAUAUGAUCAAACAUAAUUAUAUUGGAACCGUUGGGGGAAAAAAACCCAAUUAGUUAACUGUCACAAGGCAGGGAAAUAAAAUUCUAAAUUACUGUAAGCAGCUAUCAUUUCUAAGUUAUUUCUGUUCCCUUUUGCUUCCCUGCAGCCCAUCCAGCACAACAUGGUACACCUAGGUGCCUUCCAGGCCCAGGAAAAAGAGCUCGUAUUUGAUAUAGACAUGACAGAUUACGAUGAUGUUAGAAGAUGCUGCAGGUAUUUUUCUUACCCUUCUGGGAUAGAGAUUUGGGGACAGGAAGCCAGUUUGAUGGUGAGGAUGAUAAUUGUAUAUGUUUGGGAAGGAGGGUAGAGCAUUCGCUCUCAAUUGACUGAUCACUCUUGAGUUCUGCUCUGAACUUCACAAGAUGCUGCCCACUUCUGUGCUUCUGGCGUUGUUGUAACAGUUAUGGACUAGAAACUUGUUUCGUUUUUACUUUAAGCUUAUUGUCUGUUUUUGUACUGUAUCUCCAUGUGUGGGCAUUCCCUGAACCUUGACAGCACAUCAAAUGAGAGUCUAGACUCUCAGUAUUUUGUGGGAAGGAUUCCCACACAAGUGGAUACCAGAACUUUAGGUCUGUACAGUAAAUGAGGAUUAAAGGGCUCUGUCGCCCUGGCACAACAAAUCCACUUUAAAAAAGAACCAGACUUUUUGCGGUUUGGAAAGUGACCGGGAAAUUCAUUCAGAAGUGGGGGGGGGGUGUACAAAUGACUAGCUAGGUCAUCUGGCGGAGUCUUGACAGUGCAAUCCUGUGCAUGUUUUCCUGGAAGAAAGUCCCACUGUGUUCAACGGGACUUACUGCCAGGUAAGUCUGGGUAGGCCUGUAGCCUGAAGAACUCUGAAUAGCACUCUUCUGGGAGCUUGGAAGAAUAUAGUUUGCCAUGCUGAGCCUGACUCAACCAAGUGCUCUGUCUUCUGGCACAGCAUGCAAGAAGAUUGCAGGUGGGCAGGAUAAUGGAAGCCACCCUUUGUUUUGUCCCACACACCUAAUAAUAAUAAGGAUGCUAGAUCUAAGUGUUGGGUGCAACACGAAAUCGUAUAAAUUAUUUCAUUAAAAGAAAAUCCUUUUUCCAUUCUGAACCUUCAGAAUGUGCGCAAGAACAUGGGGUGUCCACCGUGUGGAUGCAGUGUCAAAUGACUUCUCAUGUUCAGUGAAAUUGCCACUCAUUACAUAUGAGCCUCUUCCCACUGAAUCCUGAAGCCGUAGAAUAGCCUCUUGGAUUUGCUUGUUCAGUGCCUUUGGGGUGUGUGUGUUAAAAAAUACACUGCCCACUUUAGGCUGAAGAGCGUUUAGCAGAUCACACCCUGACUUACUUCCUUGUUUGUUAAGGGAUGUUAACUUAGAGCUUCCUAGUUUGGACAUAACAUAAAACUCUGGAUUAAUGCAGUCCAGGGCCUUGGCACUUAAGCUAACGGAGAAGAGGAUGAGUGCUCAGCCCCAAUAUUUUUCCACUGUUCCAUAAACCACAGAGUCUAGAACAAUUGUCUGAACCGGGUUGUUGUGGUUUUUAUAUGAUUUUGUAAGCUUCCUUGAAGGGUGGGAGUCGUGGGUUAUAUUUUUAAACUAAUCAGGGCUUCGUUUUUUAACAACUCUUCUUUCAGCUCUGCAGAGAUCUGCCCCAAGUGCUGGACUCUAAUGAGCAUUGCCAUCCGCAUCAUAGAUCGGGCACUCGUGGGUAAGUGGCCAAUGGCCAUGUAGCAACUGUUGCCAGACUGACCAUUUUGUCCACCUUUCUUUCGGAGACUCGCCCAAGUCAGAGUUUAAGCGCCUUCCAGCAGUGUGUACCAUAUUUUCAUAAUAUAUGAUUUAUUCAGUACCAUUGGCUUUUGUGGAGCCUUUUGGGAAGUGUAAGCAAAAGAAGGUGGGUGCUUGUCCCAAGGAACUUCCAACCUAAACAGAUGGGGGGCAAAUUAAGCUUAUGCAUUAAAAACUUUAAUACUGGGUCUCAUCCUGCAGGUGAAUUCUGGGUCUGAAGAGACAGGAGGUUGCACAUUGCUGUGCUGAUACAGCUUUUUCUAUCCAAGCAGACAGAUAAGGACGGACAUGGAAGCUACUGUUCCUUUUCCAUGUUCAAGUCAUAGGGCUGGAAUGGUGUCUUUAAGAGGGUACCUAAUGUAUCAUUCUGCAGUGAGGAAAGGUCAAUUUUCCUUAAAUUUUUAGUGGAUAUGAUUACAACCAACUUCUGUAAGCCUCCCAAUUAUGGGGACUCCCUGACUUUCCUUUUCAUGCUUUUGCCUCUGUUACUACUGUCAGUCCGUGCAGCCUAACUUUCGGCAGCAAUAUCUGCAGAUUGGUAAACUGCUGAAUUGGCUCUUCCCUUUUACCCUCCUCAUAUGCUUUGUACCAAUGGAAUGCUUCUGUUACUUUAUAUUACUGUAUUUGUGUAUGUGUGUGGGAGUUAGUAUCUGCUGGAAUAAAUACUAACACACGUGGUAUUGCAGUUCAGGAUAUGCUUGCUCAAAUCUCACUUUAGCCGUGAUCAAGGUCUGUUUCUUUCUGACUCUUGGUCUUUCCUUGCUGCCACACACACACACACACACACACACACACAGACACACCUAGCCAAUCUGCAAUAGAAUAAUAAUGGCAGCCUACCUUACGGGACUGUUGUAAGAAUUGCUGGGACGAUGCAUGCAGAACGCUAUGAGCACUCGCAGCACUAAGGUUUUAUUCAUGCAUUCUUGUCAAAGCUAUUGCCUUUUGUGCUUUCUACUCUGCUCUUCUGCACCUCCAGAGGACUUUGGCAUCAAGCACCGCCUCUGGGUGUACUCGGGACGGAGAGGCGUUCAUUGCUGGGUGUGUGAUGAAUCGGUCAGGAAGUGGUCUUCAAGUCUCCGCUCUGCAGCAGUGGAAUAUCUCUCCCUUGUGAAGGUGUGGUAUCUUUAGGACAGAAGGAGGUGGAACUUAAUUUCUGCAUUGCAGGGGGUUGGACUAGAUGACCCUCGGGUGCCUUCCAACUCUACAAUUCUAUGAUUAUGUGACACUAGAGGGCAGAGAAUCAGUGGCCCAGUUAAACUACAGUACUGGCCUGUCACGUUGGGACAUGCCCUAGGACAGGGGUCUGCAACCUGCGGCUCCAGAGCCGUGUGUGGCUCUUUUACACCUUUACCAUGGCUCCUGGGCGGAUACUAGCGAGGGGAGGAGGCGCAUUGUGCGCCCUGACACUCCCCACUGUGGCGGGUGCUGUACUGGCAGUGUCGUCGCAUGGGGGCAGUGCGUGCGUUAGUCACGCACCGUCCCGAUGUCACAUUCCUGCCCGCUGUCGCAAUGGUUUUGCGGCUCCCAGGUUUUUUUUCUUUGGAAAACGGGUCCAAGUGGCUCUUUUUGUCUUAAAGGUUGCAGACCCCUGCCCUAGGACAAGGAAAGGCAGAGCACAGUGUCAUAACCAGAAGCAAUCUUUAAGUGUAUUAACAGAGAAUCCUGCUUGAUCAGGCCACAGGCUCAUCUGCUUGAGCACUGUUCUCACAUUGGCCAACCAGAUGCCUCUGGGAAGCCCAUAAAGCAUGACAUUUCUAGCUCUCAGUGGAGGGGUGAGUGGCAUUAACCAGAGCUCAUUUUGCAUAUUUUUUAUUUCCUGGUGCAUUUUCGAUUCAUUUUUAAUCUCGCUGGCUGUUUUGAGCUUCUAGUUUUCUUUAUUUUGUAUUUAAAUGUUUUCUUGUUUGUAAACUGACUUUGAAAUAAUAAUAAAUAAUAAAUUUUUAUUUAUACCCCGCCCUUCCCAGUUCAGGAAACCGGGCUCAGGGUGGCUAACAACAAAUUUAAAACACUUAAUUGAUGCUACAAAAAACCCAGCAUAAAAUACGGUAUAAAGCGUAAAUAACAAUAAAAUCAAAAAUCAAUUUAGGGGGGAAAUCCAUCCAAUAAACAUUAGAUAGACUGAAAGAUGCUUAAAGAAACCAACCUAAACUAAACCUCCAUAUUUCACAGGGUGGCGAAGAGACCAUCAAGAAGGUGACUCUUCCGGACAACAUCCACCCUUUCAUCAGGUCAGUUCAGGCAACAGCCAGGGAAUUUAUGGCAUUUCUAGCAUAGAGAGGUUGCACGUCCUGAAUUGGUUAUUCAGCAAAUGUUAAGCUUUAAGUGUUGUUUUAAGCUGUGCUGAGAAUCACUAUGGAAUAAGGAGGUAUGGACUGCAUUGUGGCUUUCUGAUGGAGAAGGGUGAGUAGAAGCUAUAGGUGCAACUAUUGAUGAGGCUCGUGGGCAGCUUUCUUCAGUGGCAUUCUGUUUCACUUAACCAUGAACCAGGGGGCUUAGAAGAGCCUUUUAUAUACAGUGGUACCUCUGGAUGCAAACGGGAUCCGUUCCGGAGCCCUAUUUGCAUCCUGAGCAGAACGCAACCCGCGUCUACGUGGGUUGCACUUCUGCGCAUAUGCGUGACGUCAUUUUGAGCGUCUGGGCGAGCGGCGGAACCCGGAAGUAACCCGUUCUGUUACUUCCGGGUCGAUGCGGGACGCAACCUGAAAAGAUUUAAUCCGAAGCGACUUUUAACCCGAGGUAUGACUGUCACGGGACGCGGGUGGCGCUGUGGGUAAAACCUCAGUGCCUAGGACUUGCUGAUCGUAUGGUCGGCGGUUCGAAUCCCCGCGGCGGGGUGAGCUCCCGUCGUUUGGUCCCAGCUCCUGCCCACAUAGCAGUUUGAAAGCACCCCUAAGUGCAAGUAGAUAAAUAGGGACCGCUUUCUAGCGGGAAGGUAAACGGCGUUUCCGUGUGCUGCGCUGGUGCUGGCUCGCCAGAUGCAGCUUCGUCAUGCUGGCCACGUGACCCGGAAGUGUCUUCGGACAGCGCUGGCUCACGGCCUCUUGAGCGAGAUGAGCGCGCAACCCUAGAGUCGGACACGACUGGCCUGUAGGGGCAGGGGUACCUUUACCUUUACCUUUAUGACUGUAAUAAGAGCCUUGAGCCAUGGGAGAGCUUUUGGGCUGCUCCUAAAACCCUAAAACUAGGGUAAAAGGUAAAGGGACCCCUGACUGUUAAGUCCAGUUCUGAACGACUCUGGGGUUACGGCGCUCAUCUCGCUUUAUUGGCCAAGGGAGCCGGCGUUUGUCUGUGGCCAGCAUGACUAAGCUGCUUCUGGCGAACCAGAGCAGCAUACGGAAACGCCAUUUACCUUCCCGCCAGAGCGGUACCUAUUUAUCUACUUGCACUUUGACGUGUUUUCAAACUGCUAGGUUGGCAGAAGCUGGGACCGAGCAACAGGAGCUCACCCCAUCGCGGAGAUUCAAACCGCCGACCUUCUGAUCGGCAAGCCCUAAGCUCUGCUUUAGGGUAGGCUGUGGUUAAUGCAGCUCCAAGGGUAAAUAUUCAGAUGUGAAGUGGAGGAAAGACCCGUUGAAGACUAUGCAUAAUGACUGGCGAAUGUGCAGAAUUCCCUUUUCAUGGACAGAUUAUGUGCACAUUCCCCAUGUGGAUGUGCACAAUGACCAGCUGUUAUGCACAUUAACCACUCAACUCACAUUAUCCUAAUCUGCACAGAGACAUACAUUACUAAUUCCGAGACCGUAUCUACAUUUCCCCUCCUGCAGGCAAGUGCCGGAAUGCAUGCCCAUUGGCAUGCAUCCUAUUUAUGCAAUCUGCACAGAACAAAGACCUGCUCGUUUCCCUUCUAGCAAUAUUUGUGCUUUCUACCAGGGUUGGGUUGCUACAAAAUGAUGCCAUACUAUGUUGCAGCUUCCUUCUUCAGCAAUACUGUGGUACCUCUGGAUAAGCACACCUCUGGUUGCGUAUCCUUCAGGAUGCGAACACGGCAAACCCGGAAGUAUUUUUCUGGGUUUCGCCACAUGCACAAAAGCCCUCUACCCUGCUGCGCGCAUGCGCAGAACAGGCACCUCUGGUUGUGAAUUCCUUGGGAUCCGACCAGAGCUUCGGAACGGAUCCCGUGCACAGCCGGAGGUACUACUGUACAGAUUUCCCCAGACCAAGGCAAGAGCAAAUGAAAUGCCAUUGAGGCUUUUAUUACCUCUGUGUUGCAGGCUGUUCCUGCUGAAAUUCCCUCUUUCCCAAAAUGCUAGGUGUGGGUGGGCGUGUGAGUGUGUAAACAUAUUGCACCAUUCAGGGCAAAGGCCACCCACCUACUCCAAAGCACCUUAUAAAAUAUAACUAACUUUGUAUAAAGGUAAAGGGACCCCUGACCAUUAGGUCCAGUCGUGGCCGACUCUGGAGUUGCGGCACUCAUCUCGCUUUAUUGGCCGAGGCAGCCAGCGUACAGCUUCCGGGCCAUGUGGCCAGCAUGACUAAGCCACUUCUGGCGAACCAGAGCAGCGUACGGAAACGCCAUUUGCCUUCCCGCCAGAGCGGUACCUAUUUAUCUACUUGCACUUUGACGUGCUUUCGAACUGCUAGGUUGGCAGGAGCUGGGACCGAGCAACGGGAGCUCACCCCAUCAUGGGGAAUCGAACUGCCAACCUUCUGGUUGGCAAGUCCUAGGCUCUGUGGUUUAACCCACAGCGCCACCCGCGUCCCUAACUUUGUAUACGUAGGAGGAUUAUUGAGCUUUAUAUACAUAGCAGGAAUGUUGUGCUUCCUGAUGAUUGACGACAUGGUCCACUUGCGGUGCUUUCAGCCCAUGCCCUCGGUAACCUUCCUUGUGCCCAUUCACCUGCCUCUCCACCAAAGUUACCCCUCUGACUCUCUGAUGUUUUCCCCUCUUCUUUUGCAGCGAAUCUCUAAAUGUGGUGAAGCGUUACUUCAGAGAGUAUGCACUUGUCGAGCAGGACAUUCUUGGAAGUAAAGAGAGCUAUGAAAAAGUGUUGGCUUUGGUCCCAGAGAAUAUCCUUUCAAGAACCUAUGGGGCGUGCCAGAGAGUGCUGCACAUCUUACUAGUGACAUGCCCAUAAAAUCAGGGAUGAGGAACCUGUGGCCCUCCAGGUGUUGGGCUGCAACUCCCAUCCAACAUGGUAUAUGGCCAGGGAUGACGGGUUAUAUUCCAUUAACUUUGGGAGGGCCACAGCUUCCCCUUCCCUGCAAUAAAUAGUCAAGGCCGUGGGGGCAAAAAUCCAGAUACCCCCUGGGUCUGUUUACUGGCACUUGUGUUGAUGCAGGGGUCAGGAAGCAGAUUUAUCCCGUAUCGGAGGCGGCGGCUGCUGUUGUUGGCAUCCGUUUGCCUUUGGGGGUGAAUUCAAACUUGGAAGGUUACAGCGCCUGCUAUGGCAUUGGAGACCGAUAUGGGAGAGACAUGUUUUGUUGCAACUGGGGCAGAUGAAGGCAUCUGGUUGUGUUGCUGCAGAUGCACCAUGGCGUUGCUUCUCUCUGCGCUCCUCCCAGCAGGCAUUUCUCCUGUGGUCACUGCUAGGGAUGCACAACCUGUCUGUCUGUCUGUCUGUCUCUAAGCAUUGCAAUAAUCCGCAAGAGAGUGCCAUAUGGCAGGGGUAAUGUUGCCAGCAUUCAUGUCAUGUUUGCAUCAAUCUUUGUAACACAGAGUUGGUCUGCCAUCAAGCCUGGUGCCUGAAGCCAGCUCCCCGUAGUGCACAUCCUUGGGGUUCCUGCUAUCUCCCAUUCUGUGUACACAACUGAGCCAGUGUAAACAUCACUGAGACAGGAGUACAGUCAUACUUCGGGUUGCGAACGUGAUCCGUGCGGGAGGCACGUUUGCAACCCACAGCCUGAAGCACUGUGUCUGCGCACGCGCGUGACGCGAUUCGGCGCAUGCAUGUGAUGUCAUUUUGUGCUUCUGUGCAAGCGCCAAAACCCGGAAGUAACCCGUUCCGGUAUUCUGGGUUUGGCGCAGUCCGCAACCCGCAGCAUUCGUAACCCAAGGUAUGACUGUACAAGCAUGCUGGGAAUGUGAGAUUGGAAGGGCAUAUCUUUGCUUGAGACGCUGUCCUGCCGUGUGAUGCCCCAAAUUUUACUGAUGCAGAAACAGCAUCCCUCUAAAUACCAGCUGCUGGGGAACUUGAGUGGGAGAAUCCUGUUGUGUUCGUAUCCUGCUUGUCGGCUUUCCAUAGGCGUCCAGUUGGCCACUAUGCAAACAGGAUGCUGGACUCGAUGGGCCUUUGGUCUGACCCAGCAGGGCUCCUCUGCCCCAGGCACCAGCAGGCCUUGGACCAGAUUUGAAACUACUUAACAAUUUGACCACCAGUUCGAAAAGAACUGCUUCAGGAAUUCACUAAAAAGCACGAUUCGGUCAAGCGCUGGGAGCUUUUGACAAAAGCAAUGGAAAGACACAGUGUAAGUAUUUGAGGUGGGGGGCGGAUAUUUGCAUCAUAAGAAUCUUUUGGGUGAGUCCCUAGGCUGCCAGCACUGGGUGAUGGGGAACAAAGCAACAUGAGAAGCUGGCGAGCUUUUAUUUCUUGACCAAGAAGUGGGAUUGACAGCUGAAUUCUAAAGCAAUGGGAUUGUUGGGAUGGGCAGUGUUUAAACCCCCUGUCUUAAUAAAAAGCACUUCUCAGUAACCCCUUCUGCUGAUUCCACCCCUGCCCCCAAUAUAAAACUGUUCAGCGUUGCAGUCGUAGAGUGCUCUCUUAGAUGCUGUGGUGGCACAACCCUUCCUCUGCGACUGUAAGGUAAAGGUAAAGGGACCCCUGACCAUUAGGUCCAGUCAUGGCUGACUCCGGGGUUGCGGCACUCAUCUCACUUUACUGGCUGAGGGAGCCGGCAUACAGCUUCCAGGUCAUGUGGACAGCAUGACUAAGCCACUUUUGGCGAACCAGAGCAGCGCAUGGAAACGCCAUUUACCUUCCCGCCAGAGCGGUACCUAUUUAUCUACUUGCACUUUGACGUGCUUUCGAACUGCUAGGUGGGCAGGAGCUGGGACCGAGCAACAGGAGCUGACCCCGUCGCGGGGAUUCGACCCGCCAACCUUCUGAUCGGCAAGUCGUAGGCUCUGUGGUUUAACCCACAGCGUAGCCUCCUCCUAAUAGAGGGGUGAAAUACAAAUGCCUACAAAAGAUCCUCCCAAGUUUGAACCCUUCCCAAUCUUCCUCCUCCUUCCCAGAACACACUCAAGAAAAUGGCGCACACUGAGUCUGAGAUCAUGCUUCAGUACUGUUUUCCACGGCUAGAUAUGAAUGUCAGCAAAGGAAUCAACCACUUGUUGAAGAGCCCCUUCAGCGUUCACCCCAAAACAGGUUGGUUGAUGCUUCAACAUACCUUCCUUUAGUCAAGAUGGGGAUCUAAUAGGAUGUUGGAUAGGGCCUUUGGUCUUGGAUCUGGGAGUUCACAUAUCCCCUUAGGUGUGCCAGCUUCACUCUUGCCAGUGUCCUUGGGCCACUCGCUUGUCUCUCUGCCUAAACUACCUUGCAAGGUUGUUGAGAGGGUGAAAUCAAACAGGGCCACCUAGAGCGCUCUGAGCUGUGGAGGAAGGGUGAGAUAAAACCAUCUUGGUCAGUGGUAGUAGCAGUAUUGUUGUUUCCCCACCAAAGCAUGUAGAGUUAUAUCUAUGCUGGCACCCAGAAAGGCCCCUUCUAACUUGCUCAUUGCCCUCCUUUAGGACGUAUUUCAGUUCCAAUCGACCUGAAGAAACUGGAUGAAUUUGAUCCAUUUGCUGUUCCCACUAUAAGGUAUGAAUGAUCCAGCUUUGGGCACAUGGAAAGUUGAAGCGCAACACACGCUGCCAUUUGUCUCUUGGAGCACAGAGCAGCUGCAGCAGUCUGUGUUACCUUCACUGCGUAGUCUGGGGAUAGCCACUGUGGUGGCGUCCGCAUGCUGUUGGACUACAACUCCCAUCAGCCCCAGCCAUCUUGGCCAGCAGUUAGGAAUGAUGGCCAUUGUAGUCUAACAGCAUCUGGAAGACACCAUAUCAGCUGCUCUUCAUGUGGUUAGACCCUUAGGUCACUGGACUAGGAGGAUUAAAGCAUCUUGCGUUAACAGAGGCAUCCCUGUUCCUGUAGCUUUUUUUAACAGAGGGGAGGAAACUCCUGUUUCUUACUCUUAAUUUCCUUUAACCCUCAUAUCUCUGCAGCCACAACACAACAUUCUCCAUUGUUUAUUUACUGUCGACGAGCAGCCUCGUGCCCUUCAUUGGUUGGGAAUUCUAAGAAACAAAAAAUAAAUAAAUGGUGCAGUUUUUAAAUCGGUAGUUGCAAUCACUGAAGUUUUGAAAGGUUCAGUCUGCCACCUUGCUUCAAAAUGGUAACCAGUUAUGUCCAAACAUAAAGGAAAACCUGCUCCUGCUGCUUGAUCUCUAGAACCAUUAUGCAGGAUUUGUUUACGAUAUUGUAUGAAGUGUCAAAAUGCAUAGUGAACAAACAACUUUCCAAAAAAUGUAAUAGAUGAGAUUUAUUAAUAAGGUCCCAGGGCAGGUUACAACAUUAUUCUGCCUCAGUUUUGGCAUAGCCCAGAGCUGGGGAACCUGUGGUCUUCCAGGGGUUGUUGGACCCCAACUCCCAUCAACCCCAGCCAGCUGAUAGUCAGGGGUGAUGGGAGAUGUAGUCCAACAACAUACAGAGGACUCCCAGACGUUGCCUGAUCGUAUGCAUCCGUGGGUUUAGGAGUGCUAAACUGCAUAGGACCAAGCUGUUGAAAGAGUUCCACCCUGUAAUACAGAAGGUGGAUUUGAGGAGAGGAUGUUCCUAGAAGAGUGGCGCUGUGGGUUAAACCACAGAGCCUAGAGCUUGCCAAUCAGAAGGUCGGCGGUUCAAAUCCCCACGAUGGGGUGAGCUCCCCUUGUUCAGUCCCAGCUCCUGCCAACCUAGCAGUUCGAAAUCACGUUGAAAUGCAAGUAGAUAAAUAGGUACUGCUCCAGUGGGAAGGUAAACGGCAUUUCCGUGUGCUGCUCUGGUUCGCCAGAAGCAGCUUAGUCAUGCUGGUCACAUGACCUGGAAGCUGUAUGCCGGCUAACUCAGCCAAUAAAGCGAGAUGAGCGCCACAACCCCAGAGUCGACCAUGACUGGACCUCAUGGUCAGGAGUCCCUUUACCUUUACCUUUUUACCAGGUUUUGUGGGGUUCCUGAUGUUUCUGUUUUGUUUUAGCCGCCUCUGUCAUGAGCUGGACACAGUUAGCAACGACGAGGGGGAUGCAAAAGAAAAUGACGGGGAGCCCGAAAACUCUCGACGAAGCAGAGGUUCGUGGAAGGCAGCGUAAGACCUUGUGAAAUCUUCACCCACUUUCAAACAUGAGAUUGUAAUAAGGCAAUAUUAAAACGUAUACAGUGGAACCUCAGUUGUCAAACAUAAUCUGUUCCGGAAGACUUCUGAAACAUUUGACAACCGAGGUGCAAAGAGCUGUCGGUAUUUCAGUGUUGAAAAUGGAAAAACAUGCCGCAGAAGCCGUUCGACUUCCGAGGUGUGUUUGAAAACAGAAGCAAUUAUCGUAUUUUUCCAUCUAUAAGACCCCCCAUAUAUAAGAUGCCCCCUAUUUUGGGGCAACAACCAAUCACCAGUCCACCCUUGGCACUAUCCGUGUAUAAAACACCCCCUAAUUUUUGACAUUAUUUGGGGGGGGGGACCUAGUCUUAUACACAAAAAAAUACGGUACUUCUGGGUUUUCAUCGUUCGGGUUCUGAAACAUUCGGCUUUCAAGACACUCAAAAAAUGAGGUUCCGCUGUAUAAUGACAACAACAUGGCGAUUUUUAGAAGUUUUAGUAUGGUUUUUAAAAUUGUUUUUAAAAAUGUUUUAAGUACAGUCGUACCUUGGUUGACGAAUGCCUUGCGAAUCGAAUGUUUUGGCUCCUGAGCGCCGCAAACCUGGAAGUGAGUGUUCCAGUUUGCGAACGUUCUUUGGAACCCGAACGUCUGGCUUGGCUUUCGCAGCUUCCAGUUGGCUUAAGGAGCUUCCUGCAGCCAAUCGGAAGCCGCGCCUUGGUUUCCAAACAUUUAGGAAGUCAAAUGGACUUCCAGGACGGAUUCUGUUCUACUUUCGAGGUACGACUGUACUGUAUGUUUUUUUAUUUUUUAUACCGUAUUGACCUAACAUUUUUCUGUUUGCUGCCUUGGACUUGGGAGAAAAGGCAGGAUCCAAUAUUGUGCUAUGUUUCUUCAGUGCAAGCAUUUUCACUUGCCAGAAAGGACAAUCUCUCUCUCCCACCAUGCAAUGUUCCAGAGUUCUGCCAAACCACCACCCACUGAGCCACCGAGGAGGAGAUGGGGGGGGACCCAUCACACAAACUGAUGGGACCCGUUGGUUGAAUCUCACCUAUAAAGAAAUAAUAAUAAUAAUAAUAAAUGAGUGAAAUCCGCGCCAUGGCAAUCAUUCCGUAAGCGCAAAGAUUUCUGCUUGCAUGUGGAAUGUUCUCCCCCUCUCCUCCCCCCGCACAACCCCUAAAUCUGUUUUAGGGGUUCCCCCAGUGCUUCAGAGUAAAUUUGGGAGCGGGGGGAGUCCUGUUGCACAAAUGUAAUGUAUGUUAUCCUAAAGGAACAAAUAUACACAGCAGUCAUUGAGUUCUUACAUAGGCCUGUAACGGGCUUGGCCUCAGAGUUACAUGUACACGCAUUCAGGGCCAAACCCUGACACGUGCGUAUUUAUAGCCUGUUUGGCUAGAACAGGGGUCAGCAAACUUUUCCGGCAGGGGGCCGGUCCACUGUCCCUCAGACCUUGGGGGGGGCCCGGACUUUAUUGGGGGGGGGGGAAUGAUGCAAGAGCACCAUGAGCUCCAGUGGCUGCUUACCUGUGUCUUGCGAGUGGCAGGGGCUGGCGGCGGUGGAGGGACGCCAGAGAGGAACUGCUUAAAAUGGCGGCCACUCGAGCGCUGCUGGCACCAACAAAGCCCAACCCCCUUCCUCCUCUAGGUAGGGUGGGGAGAAGCCAGGAGGAGGGAGGGAGGAGGCGCCACCAUUGCCGCUGUCUGAGGGCGAGGGAAAGAACACGCGUGCUGGCGAUCCAUGCAGUGAUUCCCGGACCGUCCGCGGGCCGGAUCCAGAAGGCAAUUAGGCCUGAUCCAGCCCACAGCCCUUAGUUUGCUGACCCCUGGGCUAGAACAGAGGUCAGCAACCUAAGGCCCAUGGGCCGAAUCCAGCCCAUGGCCAGUUCCAUUGAUCGGCGGUUGGAUUCCGUGGUGGUUUUUUUGCGGCACAGGCGCCAUUUUUUUGGCCAACAUUUCCCCCCCCCUUCCUCACCGCAGCAGAACCUCCUCCCUCCUCUAUCCCUCCUCCUUGUGCAGCCAAUCGCCUGCUAAGUUUUGAGGCCCUGGCCAAUGGCCGAGCAGCGGCUGCACAUGACCAAGAGGGGGAAGGGGGCUGGCCUGAGCUGGCUGAGUGCAUUUCCAGCAGCCCCUUGUUGGAGCAAGCUGUUUGCCACUGCAGCUUAUGCCGCCGCCGCCGCCCGUGCCGCUGCUGGCGGCGGAGGAGGAGGAACGAGCAGCCCAAAAGCAGCCAUUUCAGACUGCUCGUUCCUCUGCCUCUGCCACUGUUGGUGGUGGCGGCAGCGGCAGAGGAACGAGCAGCCCAAAAGCAGCCCUUUCAGGCUGCUCAUUCCUCUUCCAUUGCCACCAUUAGCCUCUACCUCUUAGCAGCACCCUAGGUAGGCAGGAGGACGGACCGGGAGGGGCUGGGGGAGAGAGAAGCCCCCUCUGCCAUAUGCGCGUGCGCACACGCACUCCGGCCCACCAGGAGGUUUGUGAUGCGGUGAACUGGCCCACCCCCAAAAAAGCUUGACGACCCCUGGGCUACAAUGUGAGAUUAGGAGACUGACUUUUUAACACUGAUGAGAGCACAUGGAGGGUGGCAGGGGAAAAUGGGAACAAAUCUCACCCUGCCUUGCUGUACCUUCCAGAGCUCUGCAGAUUUAAGUCUUCUUUUCUCCCAGCUGGCUCAGAGCAGGCUGGGGGAAGUGUAUUAAAACAUCUCCAUCUAGUGGAGAAAGCUGAUCUGUGUCCCUUACCUUCAGGGGCAGAUGAGAAACAGGCUGUGUAUACACCACACAUUUAAAGCACACACAUGCACGUCAGCAACCGAUUCUGGGGACUGUACUUUGUUAAGGGUGCUGGGAAUUCUAGCUCCCUGCAGGGUAAACAACAGUUUGCAGGAUUAUUCAGUGUGUGUGCUUUAGAAGGAUGCUGUGUAUACAGCCACAUACUCCUACUGUUUUUCUGUUGUAAAAGGGCAUAGGGAACCUGAGACCCUCCUGUGGUUGUUGGACUACUUCUACUAUAAUCCCUGAGCAUUGGCAGUGCCAACCUAGGGCUCAGGGGAGUCGGAAUCCAAUAAUAUCUGGAGGGCCACAGCUUCCCCAGCCGUGUGUUUGGAUUAUUUAGUUUAGCAUGGAAAGUGAACAGCUUGACAACAUACUUUGUUGUAUGUCUUCUGUUUCUAGAUUACAAGAAAACCAGCCUGGCUCCAUAUGUGAAAGUCUUUGAGCAGUUCCUGGAGGAAAUGGAAAAAUCUCACAAAAAGGAACGUCUCAAGGCUAGCGGUAAGGGCUUGAGUCAGAAUGAGAGGGUUGGCUUGUGCUCCCUGUGCUUUCCCCAAACGUUUGUGUGGCGUUUGUACGGAGCCCCCAGUCGUCUCACGAACUAUUGACCCGUACACCGCUAAUCUGCUGCCACCAAUCAGGUCCUCCCUGGUAAAUCACUUAGUCUCAGUCAGGUUCUCAAGUUAACAAAGAAGAGUGUAGUUUAUUGUAGACACAAACAAAUUUUAGCUGCAUUCCAAAUGUUGUUGCUCUUUACCUUCUUAGUCUUAUUUUAUCCUGUCUUUAUCUCUUCUACCUCCCCUCACACAAGAACCCACUGCACUGUCUCUCUGUUUCCAACUGCCUGCCAACUGCUUUUCCAACUGCCUUUCCCAACCAACCAACAACCCACUCCCAAACCUUGGGCUAAGCCCUUUUAUAAACAGGUAGGCUCCGCCUCCGGCUUUCCUAUUGGUCUACAUUUUAACCCUUUCUCUCUCUCCUGUACAGACAUUUUCAAACCAACGGGCAAACACCAGUUUGUUACCCCUGUAUGCAGUCAGUUUUACUGGGGACCUAUAAACACGCUUUAGAAGGUUGUUUUUUUACAGAACACCCUUGCUUUACAGAAGAUAUGUACCGCAGCUCUAUUGCAUCCUUCACUUUGAAAUUUGCUUUGGUUAUUCUUGUAUGUCUUGAUUUUGGAGUUUUGCUUAUUUUGCUCUGUGACAGAGGCUAUGUACACACCAUACAUUUAAAGCGCACACACACACACACACACACACACCAGGAAUCCUGGGACCUGUAGAUUGCCCCUCACAGAGCUACAAUUCCCAAACUACAGACCCCAGGAUUCUUUGGGAGGGUGCUUUAAACAUAUGGCAUUACACAGCCUUAGGCUGAAGGCAGAACCACAGAUAAGAAAUGUGGGUCUGCCACCCAAAACAGCUGCCCUAGCUUUCUCAUUAAAAAGGUAAAGGGACCCCUGACCAUUAGGUCCAGUUGUGACCGACUCUGGGGUUGCGGCGCUCAUCUCGCUUUACUGGCCGAGGGAGCCGGCAUUUGUCCACAGACAGCUUCCAGGUCAUGUGGCCAGCAUGACUAAGCCGCUUAUGGCGAACAAGAGCAGCGCACGGAAACGCCGUUUACCUUCCCGCCAGAGCGGUACCUAUUUAUCUACUUGCACUUUGAUGUGCUUUUGAACUGCUAGGUUGGCAGGAGCAGGGACCGAGCAACGAGAGCUCACCCCGUUGCGGGGAUUCGAACCGCCGACCUUCUGAUCGGCAAGUCCUAGGCUCUGUGGUUUAGACCACAGCGCCACCUGCGUCCCAGCUUUCUCAUUACCACCCCCCUAACAUGGUACAACUUCCACUGGUGUCGUUACACUGGGCUUCUCUGUUUUACGUAACUGGCUACUUCUAGUGGAGGUCAGGGAAACACAGCAUAGUGAUGUCCAGAUGGCAGGGAACAUUGUAUUACAUGCUACAGAGCAGGGAACUCGACACCGGGCUAUUUUGGGUAACAAUGCUGUUUUGUUUGCUUUGUUUAAGGGCCCCUCCAGACUUGCCUUCUAUAGCGUUGCCCAUACUAUUUAUACUGAUCCUCAAAAAAGCCCCAGAAACAAUGCCAUCAUUGUGUCAGUUUUCCAGUUUAUGUCCAUCAUCCCUGUUCUUUUUUAAACUUGCUGCAAAAAAUCCAGCAAUAUUCAAAACUCUGGAACCGUUGUGCUGGUGUGGAUGUUCAUUCUGCAGAUACUCCACUUUCGGGGGUGGGGGUGGGGGUGGGUGAUCAAUGAUAUGUUCCUCAACUUGGUGCCUUUUUCCUGCAGCCACCUAAGAGUUCUGUAACUUUAAAAAUAAAUAAAUUGGACAUGCCUUUUGUAAGUUGUUUUAAACUAUUUUUAAUAUUGUAUUCUAAUUUUUCAACCUGCCCUGGAGCCUUAGGGUGAAGGGCAGAAUAAUAGCUAUUGUUAUUAAUUUGUUACAGAACAUGUUAGAUAAUACCUUCAAACUAUGCCUUACCGGUAUAUUUUCUCUUUUUAGAUAUGCAACUGGAUUUCUGAAGUUUUUUUGACAUUCGAUGUGCAGUAAUAAGGACCCUUUCAUGCAGCCAGACAGCUGUGUUCAUCUGCAGUGGGACGUAUUUUUAGCUGCCUUGUUAGAUUCUUGCAGCAGCCAACCACUUUCAUUUACAGAAGCAGACCAAAGUAAUGAUAACCCCCCCAUCCAAGGGCUGGUGAUUAGAAUAGAAUUAGGAGCUCACAGUCUUGUAGGUGCCAGCAGCAGAAUACAGAGCCCAUGUGGCUAAAGGACCUGAUGUAAACCACCCACAUGAUUAAAAUGUAAACAUUCAGCAGUAGUGUUGAAAUUCCGCAUAAGAUGGGAGCCUACUCAACAUGAUGUGUCUUUCACUGGUAGCAGAUAAAAGAAGAGUUUAAAUCACAUACUAGCACAGAAAAAUGGUGUGGUGUUGUUUCUCCUUGAGAUAAACUUCAAAGAACAGGAAAUUCUGGAUGGUACUUUGAAGGAGAGGGAGCCUGGUUUGAUUUGGUUACCAAGAAUCAGAUGUUCAGGACUCGGCAGAAAACAUUGUGGCACGUUUAUGGCAAAAGAGGCAACAGGCAAUGUGCUAAGCAGCCCUGAUUACCUCAUCAUCCUCUGUUUUCCAGUAUAGUUCUUGUUGGUUUUGUCCCCUGCCCCCAUUUUUUUAAUGCAGAAAGUUCAGUAUGCAUUUGCUUUUGAGUAGGAUGCCUCUUAGAUUAACGAUCCUGAGUUAAUGAAUGUAAGCUAGGUAUUUUCUGUAAAUAUCUGGGCAGCUUUUCAUUCUCAAGAGUUUGCAUUUUGCCCCCAAGAGAGGCACUAGAACAAACCUGCUCUGCUUGUGAGCCACCAAGAUAAAUGCCACUUGCAGGUCAUGUAUUAAGGCAGCAGUGCCUAAUUCUCAGCCUAAUCUGCUGCCAAGCCUUUUUUUCUGCCCCCCUCCUGCUACCAAAGUCUCUGCUGAUUUCUAUUAGCAGCAAAAGCUAAGUCGAUGCAACACAGAGAUUCUGCCAGAGCUAUACAAACUUUUGGCCACACCCACUGAAACGCAGCAUAAUCCUAGCCAUGGCUACUUGGAAGUAUGCCCUAUUGAAUUCAGUGGUUUUUGCUCCCAGGUAAGUGUCAUUAGGUUUGCAGCCUAAAUCAGUCUCUGAGUUGCAGGUAUUAUAAUAAAGCAGCAUAAGGCCUUAAUGGUGCUCCAAAACGAAUUUUUGUGACAAAGUAUAGGGGGGAAGUCAGGAGAGGGUUACAGGAAGUGUGCAUAAUAGCCAUGUGUGCAUUGCCCACCUCUGUAGCACCCAAAAAGCAGGCUGAGCAGCUUGGCUCCAUGUAUUUUAUAGGCUGUGUACAUUAAUGUAUGCAACAUCUAUGCUGUAACCAGCAGUGCCUUCCCCACUUUCCUGUUGUUGUUAUCUUUCUUUUAAUUCUGUACAGGCUAAAUGUUAAGACUGUUUUAUUUUAUCACCUUAGAAGGAAUUUGUUCAUGUUGUCCUUUUUUGUUUUCUUUAUAUUUAAAGCUCCGUUGUCCUAAAAUCUUUACAUUUUCAUAAAUAAAUUUUUCAAAAGAGCC